UUGAGGUUGGAGUGUUUCCGGUGGCGGUCUGGGAGGAGGGGAUGGAGGGGAGAACGGCGGCGCGGCGGCCGGUGCCCAGAAGAGAGUGAAAAGAGAUUCUGGCUGUUAAGAUAAAUGAUGACUUAAUCUGAAUAAGAAGAGGGGAAAAGAUGGGCCAUGGUGAGAGUUCAAUUCAGAAGAGCAACGCAACAUCAGCAUUGUCUUGUUGCUAUUCAGGAAGAAAUUCUACUACAGAAGCAUUUUGGCAUCGGUAAUGAGAAAUGGGGUAUGAUGUAGCACGUUUUCAAGGGGAUGUUGAUGAAGAUCUUAUUUGCCCCAUCUGCAGUGGGGUUUUGGAGGAGCCAGUGCAGGCUCCUCAUUGUGAGCACGCUUUUUGCAAUGCCUGUAUCACCCAGUGGUUCUCCCAACAGCAGACGUGUCCUGUCGACCGAAGUGUUGUGACUGUGGCUCACCUGCGCCCUGUUCCCCGGAUCAUGCGUAACAUGCUAUCUAAGCUGCAGAUCACGUGUGACAACGCUGUUUUUGGUUGUACUGCUGUAGUGCGGCUUGACAACCUGAUGUCUCACCUCAAUGACUGCGAACACAAUCCAAAGCGGCCUGUGACUUGUGAUCAGGGAUGUGGCUUGGAAAUGCCCAAAGAUGAAAUGCCGAAUCACAACUGUAUAAAACACUUACGGUCAGUAGUGCAACAGCAACAGGCAAGAAUAGCUGAGUUGGAAAAGACUUCUGCGGAACAUAAGCAUCAAUUAGCAGAGCAGAAACGGGAUAUACAGUUGUUAAAAGCAUGUAUGCGAGCGAUACGCAGCGUCAAUCCCAACCUGCAGAAUUUGGAGGAGACUAUUGAAUAUAACGAAAUCCUCGAGUGGGUGAAUUCCUUGCAGCCAGCCCGAGUGACCCGGUGGGGUGGUAUGAUCUCUACACCAGAUGCUGUACUUCAAGCUGUGAUCAAGCGUUCCUUAGUGGAAAGUGGCUGCCCCACAUCCAUCAUCAAUGAGUUGAUUGAAAAUGCCCAUGAACGGAACUGGCCCCAAGGUCUGGCCACCCUAGAAACUCGCCAGAUGAACCGACGCUAUUAUGAAAACUAUGUGGCCAAACGAAUCCCAGGCAAGCAGGCUGUGGUGGUGAUGGCCUGUGAGAAUCAGCACAUGGGAGAGGAGAUGGUGCUAGAGCCAGGCCUGGUGAUGAUAUUUGCACACGGAGUGGAGGAAAUUUAAAGACUUAACAGAGAAGAUAAAACAGAGUGCUUGAAAAUAUAUAUAUAUAUAUAUAUAUAUAUAUAUAUUCCGUGUCUAAGCCCACUGAUUCUGUCCUGUUGUGCUGUACAAGGGCAUCACUCCUCUCUUUGUUGAAUAAAAUGCCGUUCCCUAAUUCUGCUGGGCAAGUGCCCAGCAAUUUAUGCAAAAUGCCAUGCUGCACUCCCUCCUCAUUAUGGUCAUUAAGCCUGAUCUGAUGUUGUCAGAGAUUUCCAAAUGUCGACAAUGGAGCACAACAAAUUGCUUGCUGCUCCAAAAAGAGCAGCGGUCUUCAGUCAUAUAAAGUCUUUGAACUCCUGAAACGACUGCAUUGGCCUAGAUAGCCUGGUUCCAGUUUUGGGAUCUGUAAACCAUGACUUAAAAUUUUGAGAGGCUGAAAGUUAUUCUGAAGAAUUUUAGCCCCCCACUCCCUGGUCUGUUUGGCUUCUCUUGUCUAAGGCAUCUCUGUAUAAGCCACAUGCUUUUCCAUUGUGGCCCAUGGAAUAUGGCAUUUACACAGUACUUUUAAGAUAACUUUUCAGCCUUUAUAGAGAGAGGAAUUUUGAGAGAGUGAAGGGAAUAGUAGAACAUGAGAAGGCAGAUGCCAAGUUGGAGUUGCAAGUCAUGCCAAAUGUAUGCAUCAGUAGAUCCUUCAAUGUAAACUGUCUUGUAGAGCCAAAAAGCUGCGUCAUCGGGAGAACCAUCUCUGCAACUCAUUUUGGAUGUGUUUACGUUGUAUGGGAAGCAGGCCUUUCCUGUUACGGCCUGGUUUUCAAAGGAGGUCACAUUCUUUAGCUUUGUGGCAUUGCUGCCAUCUCCACAGAGUGAAAUGUGAUGAUUCUCCUCCUAAUGUCUGGAGGCCAACCUUCUCCGUGCUCUUAAAGUGUUGCUGAAGCCUCUUGGAUGCUUUCCUGACUCCUCCUUUCUGAUAAGCAAGCCUUCAAGCAUACGCAUCAUUCUACCUGAUCAGAAAUGGUUCCUCUAAGUUGCAUGUGCCAUUUAAAGUUGUAUCAACUUACGACCUUGUGAAGAAAAAGGAAAACGAACUCAGAUGAAUCCUCUCGUUGUGUUGCCUCUUUUGAGAAAUCUGUAUUACCUGUAUUUAUUUUCUUUCUUUCCUCUUUUUUUUUUUACAUCUUGAUGAUUGUGUUUAGUAUUUUGUAUUAUUUUUGUGCUUGUAUGUUUUUCCUUUUUCAAAUACAGUAGCUACGAAUGUCUUCAAGUUUAGUUUACCUGUCAAAUUUAAUUUAUUUGCCAUCUUGGGUUUUUUUUAUAGCAACUUCUUUCCAAUGCUUUAAAUAUUUUUUAAUUGCUUAAAGCAUUUGUGCUGGAGUUCUUGAGGACAAGGAAUAAAUGCAUCAAUAAAGGA